CGGAAGUUUCCACUAUUAUUGCGAAGGCGGCUUCCUGUAGUUACUGGACCAGCUCUUCCAGUCAGGAUCGUCCGUUGGCGGUUGGCGCUAGAAUCUUUUUAGAUUCAUUCGUGUCGGGACCAGGUGCCAGGAGGUCAUGGCUGACAGGCUCACUGCCAGUCCCUGUUCGUCGGAACCGGACAGUCCUGGUCUGAACCGAGCCUGUCUGCUCGAGGCUGGUGACGUUCUUUUUCCGGAGGACGAGUCUGUCAUCGUCCCCCAAACUCCCAGCCCACAGCUCAGGAAGCGGGGGAGAUGUCACCGUAACAACAAGGCGUAUUGCAGCCCCGCAGCCUUCAGGAGCGCUCCAGAACCAGAACGACCCAGCGGAGACCAACAGGGUUUUUCACAUAAACGUAAACGAAGGCGGCUGGCUGAGCAGAGCCCUGGCUUCGUUCCUGCUUCCUCCCUGAAGGUGUUUCCUCUGGGCAGCUGGCUGGAGGCACCAUCCUCCUCUACCUCAUCAGCCUCCUGUAUGACACCAGAACCAGUCCGCUGGUCUAAACGGAUCCACACACCACCUCCUCCCUCCCCCUCAUCAGUGGCAGAAUCCCACUCAGACUCCCUGUCCUUCCUCACCGAUGAGGAGAGGAAGUGGCUGAAUGGAGAGCGAGGAGCCUCCUCACCAGCGGCGAUGGAGGAGAUUGUCAUCAGCGACGAUGAAGAGAUUGUGGUUCGCUCGUUACAAUUGGAAGAAGAUGAGGCUCUGGCUCGAAGUCUUCAGGCUCAGUUUGACCGAGAGGGGUCACUCAGCAGGCGCCUGGACCACCAGCAGAGCCACCACAGAGUGAGAACCACUAAUUAUGAUUGCUACAUGGGGCCCAGCUGGAUGUCUCAGAUGCUGGCAGCUGUCUCUCCUCUGGUGGACCUGCAGGACGAUCUGACUGGUCGGCACAGGCGGCCUAGGCGGAGCCGACGGAGGAACGUCCCACCAAAUUUAUCUGAUAGUCUUCAGGGAAAUGAUUAUGAGGCCCUUCUGGAGUUUGAAGAGCACCAAGGAGCUGUGGUGUCCAAGAAGAAAAUGUCCCGCAGGGACAUCCAGAGGUUCCCCACCAAAACGUUUGGGUCUGCAAACAGCUCAGGGAACACCCAGUGUCAGAUCUGUUUCUGUGACUACGCUGAUGGUGAGAAGCUGAGGAUGCUGCCAUGUUUCCAUGACUACCAUGUCCAGUGCAUUGACAAGUGGCUGAAGGACAACAGCACGUGUCCAAUCUGCAGAGCCAACCUGGCUGAUGGAGCUUCCCUCGCCCCCCCGCUGCUCUGAUAGGACACUUUUUUCUUACGUUUUUCAGGUCUGGACCGAGCUCUGACCAUUUCCUAGUUUGGUACAAAAAUAAAGUUUAUAAUUUUC